GAAGCCAACAUGUUACAUCUCUUCUCUCCCGAAAAAGGGAAGGAGUUGUAGCUUUUCCAUCACAAUAAGAGAUCUCGCAUGGCCUGCUGAAACACGCAACAGACCAGCAACAAGUGGAUUAUUCCUCAAGGGCGUUCGUUACUCCAUUAUGUCGAGUCAAGAUGGAAGCAAGAGUGAUUUAUUGGUGUCUAAUAAACCUCUGACCAAUCGAUUUGACACCACAGAACGCAACGCCAUGUCUCGUUCACCUGUAUGUAUCAGCCGGCCAGGUAGUCCAGCCGGCGCCACUUCAGCUACUGAGUGGCAGGUGGAGGUCGGCUGUGAGAGGCCGCUGAAUCUGAAAUGCACAGGCUCACCAGGAUCAUCGGGCUCGGGCUUUUCCUCAGCCGGAGUCGACGGUAACUCUAACACAUUAGUGAAGAAUAUCAGCGAUGAUUCAAAUGCACACACUAGUCAGGGUAUGGCUGAUUUGUCCACCAACGCUACCUUUUCCGUGAACACGACGCAGCUGAUGGACAUCGGCGAUAGUAUCUUGCAUGAAAUCUCUGGUGUCUCUGGCCUUCAUGACACGUUAGCCAGCCAGUCAGACCCGGGAUGCCCAGCGCACAAGUGCAGCGGUCACCACGCACGGAGUGGGGCUUUAGAAUCUUCGACUUUGUCACUGAGCUUAGAUCGCCUUCCUCGUGUGCUAAGCAGCAGCAGAAACUCUCAGGUGACCCUGCUGGAAGAUAUAGGUGAUAGUAUCCUUAACUACAGCAAUGGGACAGACGCGGAAGAGGAUGUGGAAAGAUUGAACAGCAGGCAGGCACAGGACCAGGAGGAGGUCGAGGCAAACGUUUGUGCCAAUAAUGUCAUACAAGAUAAAAGCCUUGACCCCAGAGGGCAAGACAUACCUGAAGUAGAGUCUGGACAAACUGACAUUGAAAUUAUCAUCAAUAAAUGGGAUGAAGAAGUAGAAUUGAUUUCAGAAAGAGAUGAGCACGCACCUAAAUGUGAAGAAACUACUACCGACAUUGACCAGCAGAGCUUAAACGGAGAUUGUGAGGAUCAUGUCAAACUAAACAAACUUGAAGAGAAACCCAGAGAAAAUGCAAUAUAUGAUAGCUUUGACAAACUUGUUGACGAAUGCAAGUCAGAUUUGUUACGUCAGUAUAAACGUAGGGGCUCUGCACAGGGUACAGCCAUUCAGCCACCUGAAGUGUUUCGCAUCUCCGCAAGAUGUUUUUCUGCGCCGUCUCUUAAAAAUACUGAGUCACCUGUUGCAUUCAGCGUUCAAAGCAGAGAACAUUCCUUUGAUCCAGGUCGUGAAGAGGCUCUUAGUCAGAUUGCACCAUUACUGCUAACUGCUCUUCCCCAUGCUUCUCCUCAAACCAUUAAUAAUUUCACAUUGUCACACUGUGAGCUCGAAUGCGCAGUGGGAGAGCCGGCAGAAAAGACGCCUUGUUCAUCAGUCUAUCCAGAUACCCUUCUACAGAGUAGUCCUGAAGGUCAAAUACAACUGAAAAAAUCUACGCAGGAUCAGGACAAUCUUUCCACAUCCUCGACGUCCUCUGAUCCCCAGCACAAUUCCAAUGACGGCCGAGAAGAUGAAGCAACUAAUACCAGACUAAAUGACCAGAACCAUAAUCUAAUUGUGUGUGAGAAUGAAUUUCUGGGUCAUAACUUUGGUACUUUUCAAGGGAAGAUUGGGCCUAAUAGCAGUUCAAACGAGAAUAGUAUCCAAGAAAAUGAUUAUCAUAGUUUCAGCAGUAAUGAUGAAAACAGAAAUGGUGAAAAGAGGGAGUAUGUCGAUGGUGUGAUUCGACAGAUCAGUUCUACAACCAAUCAAGCUAAUGGUCACAAAGGUGAAGGUGAUUUCAGUGAGCAGUGCAUUGGUGAAGAAAAGGAAGGGGUUAGUCUUACCAGUGACGAAAGUGAGUAUUAUGAUAGUCCGUGUAAGGAUGUUUGUAUUCACAGUGAAUUAUUCUGUGUAAAACACGAGGAAAGUGGAGAGACUGGUGACUGCAGUGAAAUUUACAGUAAAGAGAGUGAGCAACCCAGUGUAUCCAGUGAAGAAAAUAGACAGACCAGUGUAUUAAGUAAACAUAUCAUUAAAGGAAGUGAUAACACUAGUAUAUCACAUGAUGAAAGUGAAGGAGGUGAGUUCAAUGCAUCUGAUGUUAACGGUAAAGUGUAUAAUGAAGAAAAUGAACAGAUAAGUACUUUCAGUAAAAGAAGUAAAAAGAUGGGCAUGAAGAGAAAAGAGGGACCCGCGGAUUUUUCAAAAGCCCCGGGAAAGGAAAAGGAAAGUGUGCGGGCUGGACAAGGGGCCCACUUCUAA